GGGGCGGGGCGGAGAGGGGAGUGCGCAUGCACCAAGGGGGUCUCACGCUGGGGGCGGGGACUUCCGGCCAGGCCUGGGCGUUAAUACCCAUGCGCGAGAUGUGCUGCGCUGAGCGUGCGGCUGCGCACGCAGGACUGGGCUUACAGUUUGGAUCAAUGGCUCUCAGCACUCCCACUAUACAAAUUGUUCCAGCACCCCUGCCUGGAGUUUGCUGCAAAAGAUGGGGAGGUUUGCAGUAGUCCUUAUUCCUGGUGAUUAGUCUAAAACUGAUUUGUGGUUGUACAUGUGACAGACUGCUGGGGACAAGACUGCGGUGAAAAUGUCUCAUCCACAGUCUUCCUAUUCCUAUGAUGCAGAAACUACCUACAUCAACUUCAGGACUUUGAAUGAUGAUGACGUGCAGAGUGUAGAUUCAUGGUUUGAUCUGAAAGCCAGUUCAGAGAAUGUCCCUCCUGCAGAGAAUGUGGCAACUUUCUUGCAGCACAAGCCUGCCUCUUCAAAGGCUAAUCUUCCUCAAGCUAUUGUUUCACCAAUGGUGAAAUCCAGUGAAAACCAUGAGACAGAGGCAGGAGAAAUGGCACAGGCAAUGCUGAGACCACAGAAUAUUGUUGUUUCUCUAGCAGCCUGGAGAGUCCCCUCAAAUGAUGCUUCACCUCCUGCUCCUUCAGGAGCUUCUCAACGGAGGGUAUCCAGAAGACUGUCAGCACAACAGAAGAAUGCCCAGCAACGCAAACGUCAGGCCAAAGUCAAAGCAGAGAGAUGCAAUGUCACCUCCAUCAAAAAGGAAGAUGAUCCACCCACCAAGAAACAGAAAAUCUCUAGCAGUAGAGAGAGAAUGACUGAAGUAUCAAUGAACAGAGAUCACUCCCAGAGCACUGAACUCUCCCCAGCCAGAUCCAAGGGCAAGCUGACCAUGCCUACCACACCAACAAUGCUGAAGAGGAAGUAUCUUUCUGGCAAGCUAAAGAGCACAGAGGAGCAGGAGCUGGAAAAGAUGAAGCAAUUGCAGCAGGAGACGAUGGAGCUGCGCAAAAAGAAUGAAGAGUCUCUGAAAGCUGCUAUUGCUGGUUCAGGACAACCUGCGAAGAAAACCACGGGCCAGGUAACAAAGCCAGUUGACUUCCAUUUCUGCACAGAUGAGAGGAUUAAACAGCACACAGAAAGCCAGCCUGGGAAUGAAUACAAGAAGCUGGAUUUCAUAGCAGCACUGAGAAAGCACCCUGCAUCUCCGGCACGAGUGGUGAAGGGGCCCACUGUCCCCAAACCUUUCAAUCUCUCCUGUGGCAACAAAAGGAAAUUUGAUGAAACUACAUCAGAGUAUGUCCCCCUUGCUCAGCAGAUUGAAAACUUCCAGAAAUGCACUCCCUCUCGUUACCAUUUGAGGAGCAGGAGGACCAAUGAAAGUCCAAUUCCAGUAAAGCCGCUGAAGGCCAGGCUUACACAGCCCAAAACUCCACUGCUUCAAACAAGACAGCGCUUCAGACCUGUAACUUGCAAGAGUGCAGCUGAGUUGGAGGCAGAGGAAAUAGAGAAGCUCCGACAGUACAAAUUCAAAGCUCAGGAGCUUAAUCCAAGGAUCAUAGAGGGUGGGCCAAUCCUGCCCAAGAAACCCCCUGUGAAAGAGCCCACACAGCCUAUUGGAUUUGACUUGGAAAUUGAAAAAAGGAUUCAGGAGCGAGAGAGCAAGAAGCAGCAGAAGGAAGAGCAUUUUGAAUUCCAUUCCAGGCCAUGUCCAGCUAAAAUCUUGGAGGAUGUUGUGGGUGUUCCAGAAAAGAAGCCCCUUCCUGUUACAGUUCCUAAAUCCCCAGCCUUUGCACUGAAGAACAGAGUCCGAAUGCCUACUAGAGAGGAAGAAAAGGGAGAGGAGGUGGUCCCGGUGAUCAAAGCUAACCCCAUGCCACACUAUGGAGUGCCCUUCAAACCUAAAGCCCCCGAGCAGAGGCAUGUGGAAGUGUGCCCCUUCUCUUUUGACUCUCGUGACAGAGAGAGGUGGGUGCAAAAGGAGAAAAAAAUAGAAGAGCUGCAGAAAGAGGAGGUACCAAAGUUCAAAGCACUACCCCUGCCUCAGUUUGACCACAUCAACUUGCCACAAAAAAAAGUGAAGAAUGCAACACAACCAGAGCCCUUCCAUCUGCAGACAGAUGAACGGGGAGCUACCAAGUCGCAGAAUUGGCAGCAACAGAUCAAAGAAGACCUGAAACGGCAGAAGGAGGCAGCGUGUUUCAAAGCUAAUCCAAAUACUGUUGUGCACCAGGAGCCUUUUGUGCCAAAGAAGGAUAGCAAGCCAAUAUCAGAGAACCUUUCUGGUUCCAUAGUUGCUGAAAGCUUUGAGCUAGCGACAGAAAAGAGAGCAAAAGAACGUCAAGAGUUCGAAAAGCGACUGGCUGAGUUGGAAACCGAAAAAGAGAAGCUUCACGAAGCGGCCAGACAGCUAGAGGCCGAGCGGGAGAAAGAAGAACUCGCCAGGCUGAGACAAGAACUGGUACACAAGGCAAACCCAGUUCGCAAGUACCGCAGUCUGGAGGUGAAGCCAAGUGACCAGCCUCUGACCGUGCCAAAGUCUCCGAACUUUUCAGACCGAUUUCAGUGUUGAUACGCACCAAUGUGUCGGAGCCCUCCUUUCCCAGUCUCUUGGUGUAGAGAGAAAACCUGCAUCUAACUUGGGACUCCUCUUAAUGAAUGCCUGUCUCCAUUAUUUUAUUUUAUAUUGAGUAGCUUUAACAAUUUCACAGAGGCAAGUGGCUGAAAUGUGCUGUGCCUUGAUGGAGAUCACCAGUCAUGUGGCUUCACUCAACAUGUAGAGAUGUUAAUCUUAAAGACUGAGCCAGGUUUUAAUAGUGUACACGAAUUAACUACUUUGCGUACUUUAAUAAAAUAAAAGGUGUUCUGCUGGG